GAUAGAUUUGCAACGUGCCCAUCCGCGUCGCAUACGCAACGCGCGCUCGCAGGAGUCGCGCUGCAGCUUCUUCAACUUGAUAUCGUGCGGCGCAGCGAGUUUCGCGGCUUGCGGCGUCGUUUGGGCAGAGCUAGCAAAUCUCUGCCGCGGCAAGUUGCGACAUUGCUGCCGCGCGAGCCCGAAGGCUGCCGCGCGCGUGCGCAUUGGCACCGCGGCAACCGCCCCGGGGUCCGUGCGAGCGCUCGCUGCCAAAGAGCGCUCUCGAACUCUCCGCGCCGCGCGCCGCGCCUCGCAACCCGACGAGAGCCUCAAAAAGACGCGAUCCGCUCUAACGCCCACACCGUCCGCAGACACCAACUCAUCAAAAUGGCCAAGCUCGCUCUCGCCCUCCUCGCCGCCCCGGCCGUCGCCUUCGUGGCGCCCGGCCAGCAGGCCGCCUCCAAGGUCGUCGUCAAGGGCGACAUCGGCGUCGACCCCGGGCCGAUCACCCCGGGCGGCUUCAUGUUCGAGGACACGGAGGGCCUCGCCCGCCGCCGCGCCGUCGAGAUCAAGCACGGCCGCAUCUCCAUGAUGGCGUUCCUCGGCAUGAUGGUCCAGGAGCUCGGCAUCACCUUCCCCGGCUCCAUGACCCUUGACGGCCCGGCGCCGCGUCCGCGAGCGUCGCCUUCACGCGUCGAUGACGUUCUCUCGACCACCCGCCUCACCGCUUAUAUCACGCAGGCUCCGUCCAGUUCUCGGACAUCCUCAAGGACGGCAUGGGCUUCGCGGCGCUCGCCAACGUGCCCACGCUCGGCCUCGUCCAGAUCCUCGCGUUCGGCGGCAUCGCCGAGACCGUCGCCAUGCCGGCGUCGCAGUACACGGGCGGCCCGCAGGACCUCCCGGGCGGCUACGACGGCUCGGCGGGCACGAUCCCCGGUGGCUACCCGUUCACGGAGCAGAUCACGGACGUCACGGCGCGCAACCGCGCCCUCACGUGCGAGCUCCAGAACGGCCGCGCGGCCAUGCUCGGCACGUUCGGCGCCAUGUGCCACUCCAUGGUCGACUCGUGCGACCACCACUUCUUCUACCCGAUCACGCACAACUAAGCUGCGCCGUCGCUGGGGACUCCGAGCUCGGUGCAUGUCGUGCGCUUAUGGACGCUCGUCUAAUUAAAUUUAAUCGUCACCGUGACGCCGGUCUCAGACUCGAGCUAGUUCCUGCGUUCGUCUCGACGCGUUGGCGGCGCUGUGCCCUCCUCGAGGUGUCGCGUCGAUGGCGUAGAAGUGGCUUGAACCGUCUCCUCCACGCCAUCGAGCAGGCGCAGCGCCAGGGACCUCGUCGCGUCGACGGCGUGGGGGCGCCACGGGUCGAUCCUCUCGAGAGGCGAGGGCAGAUUCUAGGUUGCUUUUCUCUACACCUUACACAGGGAUGAGCGUCCGUAAAUCUCCGUCGAGACCGAGCUCAGAAUCCGUGAUAGCCAUCGAGCGCGCGCUUAGUUGUGCGUGAUCGGGUAGAAGAAGUGGUGGUCGCACGAGUCGACGCACGAGUGGCACAUGGCGCCGAACGUGCCGAGCAUGGCCGCGCGGCCGUUCUGGAGCUCGCACGUGAGGGCGCGGUUGCGCGCCGUGACGUCCUCGAUCUGCGUCGUGAACGGGUAGCCGCCCGGGAUGGUGCCGACGGAGCCGUCGUAGCCGCCCGGGAGGUUCUGCGGGCCGCCCGUGUACUGGGCCGCGGGCAUGGCGCCGAUCUCGGCGAAGCCGGCGAAGGCGACGAUCUGGAAGAGGCCGAACGUCGGGAUGUUGGCGACCGCCGGGAAGCCCAUGCCGUCCUUGAGGAUGUCCGAGAACUGCACCGAGCCAUCGAGGUUGAUGGAGCCCGGGAAGGUGAUGCCCAGCUCCUGGACCAUCAUGCCGAGGAACGCCAUCAUGGAGAUGCGGCCGUGCUUGAUCUCGACGGCGCGGCGGCGGGCGAGGCCCUCCUGGUCGUCCCAGAACGGGCCGGAGGGGUCGAUCGGCCCGGGGUCGACGCCGAUGUCGCCCUUGACGACGACCUUGGAGGCGGCCUGCUGGCCGGGGGCCACGAAGGCGACGGCCGGGGCGGCGAGGAGGGCGAGAGCGAGCUUGGCCAUUUUAGAUUGUGUGUCUGCGAGGGCGCGAGGGUGAGGCGCGGCGGGGGACGGCGCGUGGCGGGGCUAGCGGCAUGGCGCGUGCCGGAACGUGUGGAUCCGCUUUUGGGAGAGUUGCAGCGUUCGCCCGCGGCGCGGCGAAUUUGCGCCGGGCAAGCUGCGCAACCCCGAGCGCAGACAAUUUGGCGCCCGCAGCGUUGGCCGCGCUGCUCGAAACAGCGUAUGCGUGUAGUUUGGACGCGGCAAAUUGCGAUGCUUGAGGCUGGGAGUCGGGCCCAGGAUCUAGAGGCAAAUUGCCUUGCGCAGCCUCUUGAGCCCGUAUUGACGCCGUUCACGCGCUUCCGGGACCUCUAGACGCCUCUCGCGGCUUUCUGAAAAUCGCGCGGGUCGCAUUUUCGAGCCUGCCGAUCCAACAAAAACAAAGUAGCACCCAGCGUCGCAUACCGCCGCGCGCAGCAAAAUCUGCUGCGCAUCGCGCCAAGCACCCCUAUAAUUGCCGCUACGCACGAAAAUUGUGCGCGCGGGCCGUGCGCGCCUGUUGCAAGCCAUAUCCAGCUUGCUACGGCCGCAAAAAAGCGGCGGGCGCGGCCGCGCAAUCGCUCGCGCGCUGCGAAAAGACUCCAACAACCCACGCGCGGUGCGCCAACACUUUUUUCCCUCCGCAGACAAUCAAAAUGGCCAAGCUCGCUCUCGCCCUCCUCGCCGCCCCGGCCGUCGCCUUCGUGGCCCCCGGCCAGCAGGCCGCCUCCAAGGUCGUCGUCAAGGGCGACAUCGGCGUCGACCCCGGGCCGAUCGACCCCUCCGGCCCGUUCUGGGACGACCAGGAGGGCCUCGCCCGCCGCCGCGCCGUCGAGAUCAAGCACGGCCGCAUCUCCAUGAUGGCGUUCCUCGGCAUGAUGGUCCAGGAGCUGGGCAUCACCUUCCCGGGCUCCAUCAACCUCGAUGGCUCGGUGCAGUUCUCGGACAUCCUCAAGGACGGCAUGGGCUUCCCGGCGGUCGCCAACAUCCCGACGUUCGGCCUCUUCCAGAUCGUCGCCUUCGCCGGCUUCGCCGAGAUCGGCGCCAUGCCCGCGGCCCAGUACACGGGCGGCCCGCAGAACCUCCCGGGCGGCUACGACGGCUCCGUCGGCACCAUCCCCGGCGGCUACCCGUUCACGACGCAGAUCGAGGACGUCACGGCGCGCAACCGCGCCCUCACGUGCGAGCUCCAGAACGGCCGCGCGGCCAUGCUCGGCACGUUCGGCGCCAUGUGCCACUCGUGCGUCGACUCGUGCGACCACCACUUCUUCUACCCGAUCACGCACAACUAAGCGCGCUCGACGUCACGGACUCCGAGCUCGACGCCCGGCGUUUAUGGACGCUCGUCACUGUGAUCUAAUCUGAAGUGUAUCCCCAUCUCGUAGUUUUUUUCGGCCCGGCGGGCGCGGCUCGAACUUUCGUCAACCUUCGAGCGAACGACGAGCCCCUACGCCGUCGAGGCGACGCGAGGAAGCACCUAGUAGUAUAGGCAAAAAC